CAUAAAAAUAGCAUUACUUGUCAUACUCCAGGGAGGGUCUCAUACCGAAUAUCAAAACAACUCUGUGAACCAGUCCUGUGAACAGCCGGCAGGCACAUAGUGGACAUUAUCCAGAGAGAAGGAAACAACAACAGAAACAGAGAGACAGGCUUCCCUCACUUAAUCAUACACAUCUUUUACACAAACACUUUUCUCUGUGAGAGGCCAUUUAGCAUGUCGCGAGACAGCUUUGUCUUCACAUCCAUGGCCUUACGCUCUCUUGAGUAUGAUGAAGACAUGCUGGAGAGACACAAGAUCAAGAGGCAGCUGGCCUCCCAUCACUUCAAUAGCUAUAUGCUGAAGAAGACGCUCAGGGACAGGGCACCGUCGACGUCGAGGACUGCCACGCCACCAGCUGUCUGCCAAGAUGUGGUCGUCCAGAACGCUCUGUAUACAGGAGACCUGGAGGCUAUGCAGCACCUCUUUCCUAGAGGAUCCACAGCGAACCUCAUCAUCGAGCCACAGGGAGGGGACAUGCGCUGGGUCGCCACAGGGGAAGGACUCUGGUCACUGAAUUACGAGCAGGAGCUGACCACACCACUUCACAUCACAGCCGGCCGAGGCUUCACAGACUGCCUGAGACUCCUGCUGCAGCGUGGGGCCAACAUAGACCUGGCACCUGCGGGCACCACUGCCCUGCACGAGUCCUGUGAAAACUGCCAGCCGGAGUGCACCAAACUGCUGCUGAUCCACGGCGCCAACGCCAACGCUGUCACUGAAGACGGCCUCAUGCCUCUGCACUGUUGCACAAGCCCCGAAUCCCUUGAAUGUGCCAAGUAUCUCCUCCAGUACGGUGCAGCGAUCAGCGGUCGCACUCUGGAGGAAGAUGACACUCCCUUACACGCGGCCGCCAGCAACGGCCUCCCCGACCACACCGAUCUCUACCUGCGCUACGCAGCCGCCGUGGACAAAAAGAACAACGAGGGCCUCACGCCCCUGAACGCUGCCUGUUCACAACCCCAGAAGGUGCAGGAGCUCGAACGUUACUUCAAGGUGUGCCAGCUGCUGCUGGGGGCCGGGGCCGACGUCCACACUACGGACCAGGACACACACAGUCCUUUGCACAUGGCCUGCAAGAACGCUAAUCCAGACAUAGUUGAUCUGCUGCUGGAGAACGGCGCCUGCGUCAACGACAUGGAGUACGGCGGCGAAGCUCCCAUGCACAACAUCCUGAAGGUGGUGUGCUACAAGGUUUCCCAUCACCCUGAGAGGAUCGUCCGUGCUCUGCUCAACCACGGCUCUAUCCGGGUGUGGCCUGGAGCUCUGCCCAUAGUUUUGAAGCACUGCUGUGGAUCUCCACGCACCAUCGAGGUUCUCCUGAACGCCUACAGUCACCUCAAAGUCACAGACGACUGGGUUGAGGCCGUGUCACCGGAAGCGUAUAAGGAGCACAAAGACUUCUAUGAGUCCAUCUUCUCUUUGACUCGGACUCCACGCUGCCUGCAGCACCUGGCUCGUCACAGACUCAGGAGCUACCUGGAGGGCCGGAUACACAAGGUGGUCCCUAAACUGGAUCUGCCCACCUUCAUCAAGAACUACCUGCUGCUGGAGUACAGAGACUACAUCCACUGAAAGCACUUUAGUGUGAGUCCUGAUGAAGAUUGAGAGCUGCUACAUGUGAGAAAGGAGCGUGUGUUCACAAUAUAAGAUCAUAAUUAAGAUAGUGACAUCAACUGUAGCACUAUACAGCAGUACAUUUAAUAUUUUUUAAAUAUAUUUUGUGCCUCACAUUUCAGAAUGAGCAAGCAGCUGCUUGUCACUUUUAUUCCAAUUACACGUUUGAUUUUGCACCACUAGAGGGAGCUAUAGACUACAGUUGAUAAAAUACUGAGCAUUUAUGCAAUUGUUUUAUAUUUCAAUUUAUGAUCACUUUUUUUUUUUACUUCUGCACUUGAUAGUAGAGAUGCUUGUAUUUUUAUACAGUACAUAAUAAUUAUCAUGGUAGUUUGAUGUUAAUUUGCAUAGUGAUGAUGUGUUGUACAUUGAGGAUUGCCUUGGAAUAUUUGCAUAAAUAAUUAUUCCCACCGGUAUUGUUCUAAUUAGGCGUCAUUAUAUAUAUAUAUAUACAUAUAUAUAUAUACAUAUAUAUAUACAUAUAUAUAUGUAUAUAUAUAUGUAUAUAUAUAUG